AGCCUCGCGCACCCGUUCUCGCAGUUUCCCUUACGGCCUCUUAUCGCAUUCGCGAACACCUCGUCGGCCUCGAUCCCCUGCCCCAGGGAAGGGAGAAGCGGAUCCCCUCAGCCGCCUCCGCCUCCUCCGCUUUUGGAUUAGCGAGACAAAAGGAGGUUGAAUUUGCUUAUAUUGGCUGCACCAGUCCAAUGGCAACUUUACCAUGUAAAGGGAUUUCAGUGCCUCGGUUGGGAGUGCAAUCUCAGGUGAUAUGUAGAAAUGCAUCUCCAGGAGCUAAGACUUGUCAUUAUACAAAAAUGGUGCUGAUGCCUCAAAUUGUUACUUCAAGUAAUCUGGCAUCAUCACCUGCAAGUUUUCUUGCCCAAGUGUCUUCAUCAGCUUUAUUUAAUAAGGUGCCGCACCUAAAUAGGCAUAAUAGGGGAGCACGAUUUGUUGUCAGAGCUGCUGCCGAUUACUAUGAUGUCCUUGGUGUAUCAAGAAAUGCGAGCAAAUCUGAAAUAAAAAGUGCUUAUAGGAAGCUUGCAAGGAAUUACCAUCCUGAUGUGAACAAAGAACCUGGAGCAGAACAAAAGUUUAAGGAGAUUAGUAACGCGUAUGAGGUCUUGUCAGAUGAUGAAAAGAGGUCUUUGUAUGAUAAGUAUGGAGAAGCUGGCCUCAAAGGUGCUGGCAUGGGCAUGGGGGAUUUCAGCAACCCAUUUGAUCUCUUUGAGUCAUUAUUUGAAGGCAUGGGAGGGAUGGGUGGGAUGGGUGGAACCAGAGCAGCUCGCAACAGGCCUAUGCAGGGUGAUGAUGAGAGCUACAAUCUUAUCCUAAAUUUCAAAGACGCAAUUUUUGGUGUGGAAAAGGAGAUAGAGAUUACACGGCUAGAGAGUUGUGGAACCUGUGAUGGUUCUGGUGCCAAACCAGGUACUCAGCCAAGCAAGUGCAACACUUGUGGAGGUCAAGGUCAAGUUGUGUCUUCGGCAAGGACCCCACUGGGUGUAUUCCAGCAGGUUAUGAGUUGCACAACUUGCGAUGGCACUGGUGAGUUCUCUACCCCAUGCAACACCUGUAGAGGAGAUGGUCGUGUGAGGCGAACAAAGAGAAUAAGUCUGAAAGUUCCUGCUGGAGUUGACUCCGGUAGUCGGCUGAGGGUCCGGUCAGAGGGAAAUGCUGGAAGGAGAGGCGGCCCGCCAGGAGACCUUUAUGUAUUCAUUGAAGUUCUUUCAGACCCUGUGCUUAAGAGGGAUGGAACUAACAUUCUCUACACGUGCAAGGUAUCAUACAUUGAUGCAAUCUUAGGGACCACCACGAAGGUUCCCACAGUGGAUGGAAUGGUGGAGCUGAAGAUUCCAGCUGGAACACAGCCAGGUACCACUCUGGUAAUGGCUAAGAAGGGUGUUCCUUACCUUGGAAAGCCAAACACCAGGGGAGAUCAGUUGGUUCGUGUGCAGGUGGAGAUUCCAAAGAGCUUAAGUACUGAAGAGAAGAAGCUGAUUGAGGAGCUUGCCAACCUGAGCAAGGCCAAGACAGCAAACAGCAGGAGAUAGUCGAAAAUUAACUGCUCCAUUUAUUGGAUACAGAAGCAUUCCAGCACCUUAAAGAAUGACAUCCUAGACCGCAAAAUUGUUGACCACUGCAUAUGCGAUUAGAAUAUGUGAAAAACAAAAUGUUCAGUGAUGGGGAAUGGCUCUUAUGACCGUAAUACAUUUUAGUUUGGUUUUCUAGAUAAAAUAAACUUGAAGAAUGGCGCAUGGGAAAUGUUGUCUACCUUAAGGAUGAGAUAUCGAUCAUCUUGAUAUUUUUAGGGAUGAGAUUUGUCUUUCAUUUUGAUAUGAAUCAUCUGUAGCUAGCACAUAAAUUUUGCAAGGAUUUGAUGGUAAAAUCAAGGCGACACUUGGAUGGCAAAA